AAAUCGACCACGGCCUCAGCAGUACGUUGGUGUGUGAAAAAUUCUUUUGUCCCGAAAAUAAAAUGUAAAUUUUACGGUACCUGUUUGUUUGUUGUUGGUACGACAGGUGAAUUUUUCGUUUUCAAAAUGAUCGGGAAUGAUUUUUAUACGUUAGAGCUUUCCAAUGUCUUCUAUUCUGGACAGGUCGAACCUGGUUCUUGUAUGCAACGUAUCAUAGGCAACAUAAAAACUGGAGUAAUCCUAAAAGAUGUUUCGAUGUCGGUGCACUCUGGUGAAGUGCUAGCAGUACUGGGUUCCAAAGGCAGUGGCAAAAAGGCCCUUUUAGAUGUAAUUUCUAGAAGAGUCCAAGGCCCUGUGAGAGGGCAAAUCUUGCUUAACAACCAACCAAUGGGGGUGUGUCUUUUUCAGCAACGUUGCGGAUAUGUUACGCACAAAUGUGACUUAAUCGAAGGGCUAACUGUUGAACAAACUUUGUAUUAUACGCCUACAAGGUUGACUGGCUAUUUGAAAAAAUCAAAAGUUAAGCAAGUAAUGGCAGAUAUGGCACUGUCCCAAGUGUCCAAUAGAUGCAUUGAAAACUUAACAAAAAGCGAAUAUAGACGGCUAAUGAUUGGGAUACAACUUAUAAAAGAUCCAGUUAUUUUGCUUUUGGAUGAACCAACGUGGGAUUUGGACCCUCUUAACACCUACCUAGUGGUUUCAAUUUUAUCGAAUGCGGCCAAAAAGUACGGUUCCGCUGUGGUACUGACUAUGGAAAAGCCGCGAUCCGAUGUUUUUCCUUUUUUGGAUCGGGUUUUGUAUCUUUGCUUGGGCGACACUGUGUAUGCUGGUGGUACCAGGCAAAUGUUGGAGUACUUCGAUGCUAUUGAGUUUCCUUGUCCGCAACUAGAAAAUCCGUUAAUGUAUUAUUUGUGUCUUUCAACAGUAGACAGACGUUCCAGAGAACGAUUUUUGGAAAGCAACCAUCAAAUAGCAGAACUAGUGGAAAAAUUCAAAAUAGAAGGCGGAAUCUACAGAAAGGGCACCGUAAUUACUCCAACGCACCCUGCCGAAUACAAAAGCCCUUUGCUAUUGGGAAAAAUUGGAGCAUUCAAUGUAGCUUGGACAAUCUACGUGAGAUUGUUAGCAGCUACUUUGUCUUUUAAAAAAAGCGGUAUCAAACAAGCUUGUUUGAGAUUGUUUUUGAUACCCUUGUAUUUUGCCCUUUUGUGGGUGUUUUAUCGGAAUACUGGGUUGUAUCAGCACACUUUUGUUACUAGGAGUGGGUUGGUACUGAAUAGUUUGGCUGGAGUUUAUUUUUUGGCUGUACUAAACACAGUACUACUUUAUCCUGUUUAUAGGACAAGGUAUUUUCAAGAAUCACAAGAAGGACUUUAUGGAGGGACAAUAUUUUUGCUUACUUAUAAUUUAGUUUCAAUUCCAUUUUCGUUUUUGUCUUGUCUAGCAGCUGGAGCAAUAAUUUUUCCAAUCAUUGGUUCAUUUGAAAACCCAAUGGAAUACCUUUAUUUUUCUUUAAUUCUUUGGGCCUGCUAUAUGUUUGCUGAACAACACACUAUGGCUUCUUUAAUGAUUGUUAAAGACCACUUAUUGGCUGCUAUUUUCAAUAUUUAUAUAAUUUGUGUUUGUCUUACACUGAGUAGUGGGAUUUUAAGGUCCAUUAAAGGGCUACAAGAUUGGUUGUUUCUUAUAACGUAUGCAACACAACCGAGAUAUGCGGCAGCUUUUUUGAAUAGGCAAGUUUUCUUGUUUAAAGACUUGAAUAAGCCUUUGCCGUUUGAUUUGAAACAUAAUUGUACCAACAUGAAUCUAAUUGAAACAUCGAUUUUGAAUGGGAUUGCUAAUCCUUAUUGCAGAUACGCGAGUGGACAAAGUUUCCUGUCCGAACGCUACGCUCGAGAUCCCGGGGAUAAUAUUUUCAAUGGGAUUUUGGAUGCUGAUUUGAAUAUUGGAAUUACUUUUGCUUUCACUUUAGGGAUGAUUGUUUUUAAUAUGUUUUUGUAUUUGAUUCCUUUGCCUGCUUUCGUUAAAGCAAAAUUUAGAGAGUAGGUAGUAAUGGUUUAUAUUUGUCAAUUGAAUAGGUAGAACCUAAGGUUGAUAAUAGUAUUCCAAAUUUAACAAACAAAAUAUAAUACAGAAGAGAGAAAAGAACCAGGAUCCAAUCAACACGAAAGAAAAGCUUCUGAGCACAAGAAAAAACAAAGCAUUGAGUAUUUGAACAAAUCUAGAUACAGGAUACUGGUAUACCUACUGCUUUACAUCAGGUUUAGAGUUAAGACUGUUUAAUGUAGACCUAUAUUAUAGACCUACCAGUUGAUUCCCUUGAAGAUCUUUUGCAAUUUGGACAUACAAAUUGUUGUUUUGUUAUCUCGAGAAAAAGAUUAUUUAACAAUCCUACUUCCAUAUGGGAUUCCCACACCAGCCUCUCCAUUUUGUUAAUGAGACAAUCAACAUGCAUGUACGUACGCUAUUUUAAGAAAAAAUUUAAAGUACAAAUCCUUGUGGAUCUAUUAUGUUGCUCUCUUAAAUUUAAGCAUAAUAUGUAUAUUGUUUUUGAAUAAAAUAAGUUAGUGUAAUAAAAUUACAAACUAAUUUCGUGAUAUUUUUAAGAACAAAAAGCCUUAUCGCAUACCGUCCAAACUAUUUGUAAGACUUUGAUUAACUUUUAGUAGGUAUUAUUAUUUUUAGCUUUAGCUUUAAUUAUAAUUUUAUACUUGUAAACAUAACAAAUAUAUUUAUUUUCUACAAUUAUUAUUGGUUGAAGAAUAAGUCAUUUGAUUAAAACAACCUCAAGAAUAAGCACCUUAAACGGUCUUCACGUUUCUUCGCCGAAAGAAGAAACAAGUUUUCCUUGAAUGCAAUUACGAAAUUCGCUUCAUCUCUCACGACUCACGACUGUAUCCCAACGGUUUAUUAUAAAGCUUGAGCUAUUAAAUUCAACUUUUUUUUAGUUUGUUCAAUAAAUCAACUAUAUCAGGAAACGAAGAAUAAACCAUUUGAUUUAAGGACUCUAAUAUAAGUGUUUUUAGGUUAUAUUUGUAGAUGGGAAAAUAGUUAUUUAUUAAAUAUUUAUUUCCUAUAAAAUAUAAGUCAUUUUUCUUUAAAAAAAAAAAAAACUAAAAUAUGAUGUUUAAACAUAAAUUUACAAAGAAUACUUAUUUAAAUGAAAUACCUAGCAGAGCUGGGAAGUACCAGGCUGGCUUAUUUUUGAUUCAAAAUACUUUUGAAUUCAGCUCUGUUAUCAAUAUAUGAAAAAAACAUUAACACAAAAUCGAUAAUACAUUAUUGAUUGCAGUCAAAAAAAAAAAAUACAAAAAUUGUAUAAUAGGCACUUGAAAUCUUAAAAAACUAAAACACCUCACUUAAGUCUACCCUGUCUAGCAUCUGUAACACACCCCCAAAGUUCAAUAAUAAGUUCAUCAGUAAAUUCAAAAGCGGCCAAAUCGGAAUCGUCAAUAGCUUCAGCAAAUUCCAUAGAAUUCUGUUUACCCUCGCUGGUUUCCCAUAUUAAAGUAGCCAACUCUGAAUCGUUGAUGCCCAUAAACGAUUCCAAAACCCCAUUGAUUUUUUCUAUUCCUGUAUCCAUGGCGUCAUCUUGCUCUUGGAUUUCCGCUUUACCUCCCGCUUUGAAUCGUAAGGUUUCUUUGCCUGAACCAUAAGCUGCCUUUUUCUGCGGUUUGCUGCUUCCUUUGGGUGCAAUUUGUCCGAACCCGCUGGACAUUGGUUCUACUAGUCUUAUGGUAAAAGGGGAACCUAGGGGGAUGUUUUUUAGGGCUGUUGCUACUUCAAAGUGUCGCUUGCCUACCAUACUUAUGUCGUUGAGUUUUUCGAUAUGAUCAC